UCAGAUGGCGCCGUCGACUGUUUACAUUAACAUAAAAUGACCAAAUUGUUUUCGGUUGUUCGUCAUGAGAAUUGUUUUUUAAAAUAGUUGGAUUUAGACCAGUUAUUGCUUGUGUUUUUAUCAUGGAGAAUAAUACAGGCAAAAUGGAUUCAGUGGACAGUCGACCGACCAACAUGCAGAUCGCAACUAAUCUACCCUAUCCGAGUAAUGUUGCUAUGUGCUAUCCUCCUCAACCAUCUCUUAGUUCACCCUUGGCUGAUGGAAAUCAUGGGAGUCAAGCACCUGGAAACUAUUUAGUUCCUCCAUCGAUGGCAUCACCUUCUAGCUGCCUAACAACACAACAAAUGUAUUCAAAUUACCCAAGUCCCUAUUAUCGCUCAAUGCUCGCUGGUUCACAGCAAAGCAGUAUGAGUAGCUACUAUGGAACAAUUUUACCACCACCUUCUCAUCAUUCAUCAGCAUUUUAUGGGACAUUUUAUAAUCCAAAUUCUCCUUCAGUUUAUCCAAGUAGUCAACCCCCUAUCAAUCCCAUAAAUUAUUAUUCACCAUCACUCUACAUGCAGAAUCAUGAAACCAUGUGGCCUAACAGCAACUCAAAUUCUCAACCAGCUCCUGCCAAAAGGUCAUAUUCAUAUGAAACUGGUAACAUUAGUCAACUUCCUGCAUGCAGUAAAGUCUCUUCAUCAGUUAUGCCUAUCACAAAUGCAUUGCCUGAAGCAAGAACUACAGCACUACCAGAUGAAGCAUCAACACUCACCUUAGAGCCUUUGCCAGAGUGUUCUUCCUCAGCAGUAGAAUCAGCAAAGGAGACAGAUUUUAUGUGUGUUGAGUUAGACCGACCUGCUUCUAAGUGCGAAACAGCCGAAUCGCCCGGUGACGAUGAAAGCUCUGUAAUAGAUAAAGAAUCACUUGAAGAAUCUGAAGAUGAUUUAGAUCAGGAGGAAGACUCAUCUUCGAGCUACACGUCUUCAUAUACCGAAUCGUAUUCCAGUGAAGACUUGAUCCCCAUAGAAAAUGAAGAUAUUUUGGAGGAUGUGCCAGACAAUAUUUUAAAUGACACUUCGUUUGGGGAUAUUGACCGUGCAAAAGAUUUGGUUGACGACGACCUUCAGUGUUUGCUGUGCAAUAAUUUCGAUCAUCUUAUCCCUAGACUUGACAUAGCUAUUAAACUAGAACCUGUUGUAGGCGAGCCCAUUUCAAAAUCGUCAGUUUUACUUUGCACCCAAUGUGAUCUUAUGUUGGAACGUUACUUGUCAUUAGAAAAAGAAGUCCAGUCUUUACAAACGCAGAUUCAGUCCAUGUACCAGAAUAACAAACAUUCUGAUAAACAGGACGAAGCCGAGUACUGUUCUCUGCAAGGAACUUUACCACCUGAAGAAACUAACCAAAAUUUGUGCCUCGAUGGAUCUUAUGCUACCUCCCAACUGGGAAAUCCAUUACCUACAACGGGAAUAGUUCAACAACAACAACCUUCAACUCCCGAGGAAUUUGAACCGGCACACCAACUAAAAGUCAUGGAUCCUGUCGUCAUCAACAACACGGAACCAGAUCAAACUAACAAAGCAUUACAGCAUACAAUUGAUAAAGAAGUCAUCAAAGCUCAUGGUUGCCACGAGUGUGGGAAAUUUUAUUCUGAUGUGCGGAGUUUGCAGCGCCACAUGAAAACUCACAGAGUAGAAGAAUCAAAUGAAAACCAUACUGCUGGUCAAAGAACCUCUAACGCAGGAUCUGUCCCACUUCAAUGUCAACAGUGCCCACGCCAAUUUCAACGUCGCUCGCACUACCACUACCACAUCAAAAUCCACCACGGACCACGUGAAUUCAAGUGUCAGAUUUGCGACAAAGCAUUCGUCAGUCGAGGAGCAUUAACUACACAUGGACGUAUUCACUCUGGAGAGAAACCGUACGAGUGUGAGACAUGUGGACGACGAUUUAACGUCAACAGCAACUUGCUCGCGCACGUGCCCAAGUGUACUGGUGCCUUGCCGUUUAAAUGUGAGCAUUGCGAAAAAGCAUUUGCCACGAGAUCAUUGUACCAAACUCACGUUAAGGCCCAUCAAGGACAGUUUGCCGUGAAAUGUGACGAAUGUGGCAUGGGAUUCUCGAAAAGAAGUCACCUUAUCGCGCAUCAGCGGACCCAUACGAAAGAAAAACCUUAUCAAUGUCCAGUUUGUGGUAAGGCAUUUUCUAGCAUCGGAAAUUGCAACAGCCACGCCAAAACUCACGCCGAUGAGCGAAAAUAUGUCUGCGAAAUUUGUGGGAAAAAAUUUGCAAGGCGUCAGGCGCUCGAGAUGCAUCUCAACAGACAUACGGGAAUGAAGCCAUUCAAAUGUGACGACUGCAAUAGAUCUUUCCACGACGCCAGCAACCUAAUAAACCACAAAAAAACACACCGCCAAAACAGCUGAAGGGGUUUUUUUUUUUUACGAGCCGUCCAUAAGAAGUUCAUACAUGUGUCUUGAAUGACUACAGUAUUUUUUUUGUAUUGAUUAACUUCUACAAUCGAUGACAAAAGUUUGCGUCGGUAUCACGCCGAAUUAUUCCAAGAAAAAUGGUGAUAAAAAUCUAGCGUUCUACCCAAAGAAUAUUACGGGAUAAUAUAAGUGUUUGUGAAUACAGACACAAAAAUUAUGGUUGAUUGAAUUUCUCACUUGAUAGUCGUUAACAGUAACUUACACGCUACCGGCAUUAAAUCCUGGCGUAUGUUCCAUCAGCUGAAAAAAAGGCUCCUUAAACGUCACAUUUGUGAUACCAGUAGAUGACUCGCUUCUUUCUAUAUCGUUCUCCGAUCGAUCCGAGUAUAGACAUUUCUGAAUCAUAUGUACACAUAAUAUAUAAUAAUAAACGGUUGAACAAAAGAAAA